UGGAAGACGGGAGGAUGCUCUUCCUCUUCAAACGAUUCAAAGAUGGUCGGUGUUUGUGGUUCAUGUCUCUGAAUGACUGAAGUCCAGAAGAUGGAUGAUUGUGUGGAGGAAGAGGAGGAGAGACCAGAGUCUCCAGGAUCCAGCUGUCUGUCUAUGAAGAGUGACUGGUCCAAAGAUAAACCUCCAGACUUCAGUAAAGAACCUGGACCCUCAGACACAAAAGGUCGGUACCGCACUCAGAGACCAGAGUCUCCAGGAUCCAGCUGUCUGUCUAUGAAGAGUGACUGGUCCAAAGAUAAACCUCCAAACUUCAGUAAAGAACCUGGACCCUCAGACACAAAAGGUCGGUACCGCAGUCAGAGACCAGAGUCUCCAGGAUCCAUCUGUCUGUCUAUGAAGAGUGACUGGUCCAAAGAUUAUCCUCCAGAAUUCAGUAAAGAACCUGGACCCUCAGACACAAAAGGGAGGAAGAGGAGAGGAGUUGGUGUGGAGGAGCAGCCGUCCUGCUGUCCUUUGUGUCAGGACGUCCUGAAGGAUCCAGUCUCUAGCAGCUGUGGACACUGUUUCUGCAGACGCUGCAUGAGCUCAGACUGGGACCAGUCUGCUCCACCAGGAUCGUCCUCCUGUCCCCAGUGUGGAAAAAGAUCCAGAACCAGAGCUGGACUGCAGACAGCCAGUCAGAGCAGAACUGUACGAGCAGACGCUGGUCUGCAGGAGGUCAGAGAUGAACACAAGACCAGUCUGAGGAGGAGAUGUGAACAUGUGACUGAAGGAAUUGAUGAAACAGGAAGUAGAACCCGCCUCAACAGGAUCUACACGGAGCUCUUCAUCACAGAGGGACUGAGUGAAGAGGUUGAUACCCAACAUGAGGUGAGGCAGCUGGAGACAGCUUCCAGGAUGAAGAGCCUCCAUGACGCUCCAAUCAGGUGCCAGGACAUCUUUAAAGCCUUACCUGGCCAACGUGGAGCCAUCAGAGUGGUUCUGACCAACGGCGUCGCUGGCGCUGGGAAAACCUUCUCGGUUCAGAAGUUCUCUCUGGACUGGGCCGAGGGCUGGGAGAACCAAGACGUCACCGUGGUGAUUCUGUUCUCGUUCAGGGAGCUGAACCUGAUCAGAGAUGAGCAGCUCAGUCUUCUCAGGCUGAUCCAGGUUUUCCAUCCAUCGUUACAGAAGCUCACAGCAGAGCAGCUGGCUGCCGGGAAACCGUUGUUCAUCUUUGACGGCCUGGAUGAAAGCAGACGUUCCCUGGACUUCAACAACGGUCCGGUCGUGUCUGACGUCACACAGAGCUCAUGGGUCAACGUGCUGCUGACCAACCUCAUCCAGGGGAACCUGCUUCCCUCAGCUCUCAUCUGGAUCACUUCCAGACCUGCAGCAGCCAAUCAGAUCCCUCACAAACACGUGGACAGGGUGACAGAAGUACGAGGCUUCACCGACGGCCAGAAGGAGGAAUACUUCAGGAGGAGGUUCAGGGAUGAAGAGCGGUCCAGCAGCAUCGUCUCCCACAUGAAGACAUCCAGAACCCUCCAUAUCAUGUGUCAACUCCCGGUCUUCUGCUGGAUCACUGCUACAGUUCUGGACCACAUGUUGACCACAGAGCAGAGAGGAGAGCUGCCCAAGACCCUGACUGACAUGUUCUCCCACUUCCUGCUGGUCCAGACGAAGAGGAAGAAGAACAAGUACCAGGAGGGACAUGAGACGAGUCCACAGGAGCUGACAGAGGCUGACAGGGACCUUCUCCUGAAGCUGGGGAGGCUGGCGUUUGAACAUCUGGAGAAAGGAAACAUCAUGUUCUACCAAGAAGACCUGGAGCAGUGUGGUCUUGAUGUCCCAGAGGCCUCGGUGUACUCAGGAGUUUGUACCCAGAUCUUCAGGAGAGAGUGUGAGAUCUUCCAGAAACCCGUCUACUGCUUUGUUCAUCUGAGCAUCCAGGAGUUCCUGGCUGCAGUCUACGUGCUCCACUGUUACUCCACCGGAAACACAGAUGUGCUGGAGAACGUCAUGGGUGGAAACUACAGAUAUUCAUUUCUGGAUGAGUUCCUGAAGAGAGUCAUGAAGAAAUCCCUGAAGAGUAAAAAUGGCCACCUGGACCUGUUUGUCCGCUUCCUUCAUGGUCUUUCUGUGGAGUCCAACCAGAGACUGUUAGGAGGUCUGCUGAACCUGACGGAGAACGAUCCACAAACCAUCCAGAGAGUCAUCAACAACCUGAAGGAGAUGGACACUGACAGAAUCUCCCCUGACAGAAACAUCAACAUGUUCCAGUGUCUGAUGGAGAUGAACGACCUCUCAGUUCAUCAGCAGAUCCAAGAGUUCCUGAAGUCAGAGAACAGAUCAGAGCAGGAACUCUCUCAGAUCCAGUGUUCAGCUCUGGCCUACAUGCUGCAGAUGUCGGAGGAGAUUCUGGAUGAGUUCGACCUGAACAAGUACAAGACAGCACCACUGGGUCGACUGAGACUGAUUCCAGCUGUGAGGAACUGCAGAAAGGCUCGGUGA